CGUUUGCCGAUGUUAGAGGACAUUCUUACGUCAUUUGACACAUCGACUGUCCCCGACCUCGGUACACCGCUCACACGGUCGCUCACCCCAAUACGCUUAUGCGUCGGGCCUUCUCCGCUGUGCGAAGAGUACUGGCAGCAAGCUGCGACCUACAUAUCACACGUGUACCCCAAUGCGAGGUUCGAUAUCGACGUUCAGCGGAAGGAUGCUCAGACUUGGCGUAAUGUCUCGCAAGCGGUAGCUGAAGCUCGUACAAAUCGAGGCGCGAACCCCAAAUAGUAGGGUAUGAUCCUCA